AUGUCUGAACUUGAGAAUCUCUAAUUAGAUUUAGCAGAAGUUUAAUAAGUAUUAGGAACAUUAAAACGUAAAGCCAAUAUCGAAUAUUUGAACAAUAGAAUCAAAUACUUAGAAAACUCUAUAAAAAUACUCACCCCAUAAAAAGUUGAGUAACCUGAAAAAUAACAGGAAGCAAGUCCAAUAGAUUCAGAUACUCGUUUGUAUUAAGGAAUAACUAAAUAUGCUUGGGACUAGGAAGGGAACAAAAUUAAAAUAAUUAUUAGUCUUGAUGGAAUAGGAUAAUUACCUAAAGAGAAUAUUAUUAGUUCCUUUUCUACUCAUAGUGUAGAUGUCAAGAUUUUGAAUUACAAGGGGAUUAAUCAAAGAUUCGGCAUUAAGAAGACUUUUGACGAUUUGAAAGAUCGAGAAUGUUCUAUCAAGACUACUAAUAACUCAUUGAUUGUUAAUUUGAUCAAAAAGGAGAAUAAGCAUUGGGAUCAAUUGGCAUAUAAAGAAAAGCUAAUAAACACUGAUUCAUCAAAAGUAGAUAAGGAGGACCCUCAAGCUUCUUUAAUGAAUAUGAUGAAGGAGAUGUAUUAAAAUGGAGAUGAUGAAAUGAAGAGGACAAUCGCUUAGGCCUGGUCUAAAUCAUAACAAGAGAAAGGAUUUAAAUGAAAAUAUUUUAUAUAGUUUAUUCAAAUUAAUUUAGUUUGCUUAA